GGCUCCGGCUCGUCGGAACCGUCCGCAUUCACCUUGGCGCAGCCGAGUCGUUGUAAGUCGUUCCUCUCGUUGCAAGAAACUCCGUUCAUUGUGGCGUUUCUUCACACAUGGACAACGCGUGGACUAGGCAGAUUACCCCCAACAUAUACUGAACGUUCCAUUGGUGAUGAAGAAACAGUCACGAGUGGGUGGCCUUAUUCCGAUAUCUUCGGCUUCGUGGUGUGACCGGUGGGGUUGUUUCAAUUAGUGCGGGUGCGCGGACUCGCUCGCGAUUCGGUGUUUGUCGCGGUCGCUUGUCGCAGUGCGUCGGUGCGACUCCAAGUAUGGGCCGCGAGUUACGGAUUCCGGACUGUCGAUAAGGUCCAUGACAGUAACGGACGUCAGUGCUAAUCUGUGAAGUGACAUGGGUGUUGCACGCGUAUGAUUACCCGCGAACUGUCGCUGACCUGAAAGAAAGCGAUGCGCCCGUGAGGGCUCCUCCCUCGACUAUACCCCGAAGGUGUCACGGAGGGAUUCACCUCCCACGUUAGUGUCGUGAUAUCAAGAGUGUUGCGAGGGGAGUAACGAAUAGAGAGGAGGACGAGGGUGGGCGGUGGUGGUGGUAGGAAGAGAGGACCCCAGCCACAGCGGACGCCAUCUCCGCGUUAUCGGCAAGCGGAUCCCCCGGGACUCCCCCCCGAACAGCAUCGGCGUCGCGCACCCUCGGCGGGAACUACCCCGCGACAGCGGCCACCCUGAUGGGAGUGUAUGAGGAGCGCGCCCCUCCUACGACCGGCAUGCACUGGCAGCCGCCCAGCUCGCAGGAGCGUGGCAGCGGCUUGGCUGUGGGGCGCCAAGGGGGGCCUGGUAGCACGGGGGGGCCCGGAGCAGUGGACCAGGCACGGGACCUAAGUCCUUGCCUGCCCGCGUCGAUGGGCGAUGCUGCGCGACCCACUACUCUACCAUGCAGCCCUCCUGCCGCUCAUCAUCAUGGGUCUCAUCAUACACCCCUGCAUCAGACCCACUGCGGUACCAAUAACAACUGUUACGACGGAUCGACCACCCCUUACGACUCAAGGGACUACGAUUCUCCCGGAGUAGGUGCGCAAGAGUACAGAGGAGGCGGUGGAAACUUCGAAAAUGCUAGUGACUUAAGCAUGCCGUCGCAGACGCAUCAUCACCAUCUGCAUCAUCAUCAUCAUCAUCAUCAUCAUCAUCCGCAUUUGCACUCGCAGACGCACUCGCAGGAGCAACAAACCACGACAGAACACUUACACGCAGUCCCGAAAUUGGAACCACCACCUACGCCACCCGCACAAUCCGAGGACAUUCCUGGAGUGGUUUGCGCGGGAUGCGGCCUUAGGAUAUCCGACAGAUUCUAUCUGCAGGCGGUCGACAGGAGGUGGCAUGCCGCAUGUCUCCAGUGCUCACAUUGUCGUCAGGGUCUCGACGGUGAAAGCACCUGCUUUAGCAGAGACGGGAACAUCUACUGCAAGAAGGACUACUAUCGAAUGUUCGGUAGCAUGAAGCGGUGCGCGCGCUGUCAAGCGGCGAUCCUGGCGUCCGAGUUAGUGAUGCGCGCGCGCGAGCUCGUCUUCCACGUGCGCUGCUUCUCGUGCGCGGCGUGCGCAGUGCCCUUAACGAAGGGCGACCACUUCGGCAUGCGAGAUGGCGCCGUGCUCUGUCGGCUGCACUACGAGAUGGGCGCCGAGUUGCAUCCGGCCCAGAGCCCGCCGGUUCCGGUCUAUCCGCCGCAUUAUCCUGGCCAACCACCCUUUCCCUCGCCCGAGUUCCUCCAUCAUCAUCAUCAUCAUCACGCGCCGCCGCAUCCUCAUCACUCCAUGCACCCUCAGCAUCCGCACAGUCACGUCAGCCCGGUACCCCUGCAGCCUUCGACACCCUCCGUACCCGAUGCGUCUUCGCCCGCCAAGGUACCCUACUUCAAUGGCGCCGCCACCGUUGUUCCGCCACCUAGGCAGAAGGGCAGACCCAGAAAGAGGAAGCCGAAGGAUCUUGAAACCAUGACCGCAAGUCUUGAUCUAAACGCGGACUAUAUAGACAUGUCUUUCGGCAGAGGAGGUCCUGGGACUCCAGGCAUGCCUGGCUCUAACAGCAGAACAAAACGAAUGAGGACGAGUUUCAAGCAUCAUCAGUUGAGGACGAUGAAGAGCUAUUUCGCGAUCAAUCACAAUCCCGACGCCAAGGACCUCAAGCAACUUUCCCAGAAAACUGGCUUACCAAAAAGGGUGUUGCAGGUUUGGUUCCAGAAUGCGCGAGCAAAAUGGCGGCGCAUGGUGCUAAAGCAGGAGGGCAAGUCUGACAAGUGCGACGGCGGGGUGGACGGUGGUAACCUCGGUGACAUAGAACUCUAUGGGAACAGCACCGGAAGUGGCGGGCCGCCGAUGAGCCCACCCUUUAUGCUCGGUGGUCCUCACAGUCCCGCGUCCCUGACGUCUCUGGAUUGUGCGUGAUUCCCGGGGCCCAAGAUCGUUCUUCCCGAUUAUCGUUAUCCGCACCUCGUUGUCUUGCGAUAGGACGAUUCGUGUUUGGACGUUCAUCCUUCCGGACAGUUUCUCACGUGAGUGAUAUACUUCCCGCGAGUGCGCGAAAAUGGCAAAUUGUGAAUAAUCGUUGAGCAUGUAAAAACAGAAAUAACGUUCCCGACGGUGUCGAGUAACUUAAACGGUAAUAGGCGAUUAGCGAGGAUCGGACACGAAGCGAGAUUAGUGAUAUCGAUAUCCGAAUACCCGGGUACUCCAGUAUCGCCACGAAGCCCGGGUAUCACGGGUAGCCCUCGAGUAUCCGGUUAUUUUGCAAAUUACCUGGGUACUGGAGUACUGUGAUUAGUGUGUAGACAGUACCUUAGACACUAAAAGACUAAAUCAGCUGACGCGGGAUUAGCUGCUGCGGAAAUCUGAUGGAUGGAUGUUACUCGGUGUGUUACGCAUGAUUUCUCGUCCCGAGUAUUCCGGAUACUCGAUUAUUUCAGCUGGCAUCAGAGUAUCCCGCGAAUUGGGGUAUUGGCUAGGUACCCAGAUAUAAGAACCAUCCUCGGUCCACCUUGGCAGCACUAAUCGAGGUUCGAGGAAUACGUUCUUUGAAAAUGCUGAAAAUUUGAUUACUCCCUUCUAGUAGUAAAUUGAUGUAAAUCUUAAGAAUCUUUCAAUGUCGCUUGCCAAUUACGAAAUUGGUUCCCUCUGAGAUCUUGCUUCGGAUCGAGUAGCUAAUCAAAAUAUUGUAAAGUUGACACGAACACGCUGAUGUGUGGGUUCGUUUAAUCGACAAAAUCGUUGUAUUUAUUCUAGCUCGAAUCGCGGCUGCCUGUCGCGAACACAAAACAUUAAAGUCGUUCGUUGAAGGCAAUGUAAUUAGUUGCGAGAUCUAUUUAUUCGUCUAAGCCUAAUUAAGGGACGCAAAGUUUACCGAUACCGCGUGAAAAUUCAACGUUUCGAAAGUUCCGAGAGUUUUGAAAGGAAAGAAUCGUUAAACGCAUCGACGUCGUUGAGCAAGAAACAAAAAUACUUAUUGAAAUACAGAAUGUACGUAUGAGUCCAUUUAUUAUUUAUACAUAUAAAUUAUUGAUAAUUUAAUGUUAUUUGAUAUAACUUUCGCGCGCAGCGUGUUUUCCCUAUUUUCGCUUCAAAUUGGAAGCAGAACUACGAUUCUCAGAGAUUGAUCGAACGCGUAAACGCGAACGUUGUAUUUUCACGGGGAUAAUAUUAAUUAUUUAUAAAAGGAGUCGCGAAUUGUGUAUAUUAUUGCUCAAGAUCAGGCCGCGACGGAAGUGACACACACGGUUCGGCCUUGUUAUUGUAAAUAAAGGACGUUCCUCGUACGUUUCUUAAGGCACCGCUAUAGGUUGUAGGGCUCUAUUAAUUGCAUUCGGUAGCGGUCGUGCUUCUCUAGGCGAGAGGUAAUAAUAGUAAUGACGAUACGCAGGACUAUUGAUAUUAUUGCUCCUACUAUCAGUCCUCCUUGUAACGAUGCGGAACGAUUGUCCAACUUUUGCAAGAUCAUUUUUUCAUUGAAUAUAUUUUGACAAUAUACAUUGCGUGUCUG